UUUCUUGUAGUGCACUGACUGAUACAUGUUAUAUCCCUAACUAAAGAUAUAUUUAGAUAAUGUUUUCUUUUUCAACGACAAUGUUUUCUUUUUCAUACUUUUGACCCUCGCCUUUUCUUGUCUACUUUCGUACUUUUGACUUAAUGUGCAAAAACCAAUUAUAAACCUACUGAAAGGUAGAAAAAUAGUCAAAGAUUGAUCAGAAAUCUCUCCCUAACUUAUGCACAUCACUCAACUAACCCACUUCUCCUUCUUUUUAUAUCCAAUUAUGAAUUAGUAAUGAUACCAGACGCACCACUCGAGGGCCCAUUAUCAGCUGUUUAUGCGUUUUCCUAUAAUAACAAACAACAUUAAGAUCGCAUUCAAAGGCAAACUAAGGAGUGCAGAGGGUAUUUUACUAAGCAGAGACGAAUGGCCGUGAAGCUCAAUUACCUCUUUCUUUUCGUUUACAUUGUUCUUCUUAUUUCAGCGGGGAAUGCUACUAGUGCGCACCUGACGAUGCCCACAAAGGUAGCUACCGCAGGAGGACGGGAAGGGAAAGCGGGUAGGUCGGAAUGGCUAUACGUAGCAGGAGAGUGUGCAAAAUUACCACUUUGCAACAAAUAUUGCGUUUCCAACGGGUUUCGUCUUGGUGGGUUUUGUAAAAAAUUAUCCCCUCGAGCUUCUUCUCUUUCUUGUGUUUGUAAAUACACCUAACUUAACAACAAGUUUCUUUUCUUUCUUUUUGUUAUUGAGAAAAACAAUAAAAGUGUUGUUGACAAGUUACGCCUUGUUUGUGGUCCCUUCUACCGUUCUACGUAUGUUUUGUGGUUUGGAACUUGCAAGUCUGGUAUUGCUUUGUGAUUUAAUAAUUUCGGCUUUAAAAAAAUAAGAUCUUGAAUUAGCCUAUAA